UCACAUAUCUUGGUAUAGUUAAUACCAUCGUCUUUGUGGGAUAAUCCUUGGUUGCAUGCAGAAUAUUUCUCUGGAAAACAUCUAUGGGAAAGUGUUCCUUCAAGGACUCUCUGAAGGCUCUGGAAGCUGAUAUUCAGUAUGCUAAUACUCUGGCAUUGGACCAUCCAAGGGAAAGAGAUGGAGGAUGCUUUCAGAUGAGAAUAUCUUACAGUCCAGCAGCUCCUAUUUUUCUAUUUCUUGUUCAGUGGGCUGAUUACCGUUUGGCUGGUGCUCUGGGUUUGCUGAGAGUUCUAGUUUAUGUGACUUAUGGAAAUGGGAAUAAUACCAUGUCAAUAUAUGAAAGGAAAGCAAGCAUCAGACAAUUUUACACUGUUAUAUUUUCUGCUCUGUUGCAACUUGAGAAAGGCAUCACGGAUUUGGAGGAAAGGAAACAGAAAGAAGUGGCUCUUAGGUACAAAGGAAAGAGUGGCUUAACGGAGGGAAAACUAUCUGAUAUUGACAUUGAAAGAGAAGAGGAAUGUGGAGUCUGCUUGGAAGUGACAGCUAAAGUUGUGUUGCCAGAUUGCUGCCACCACAUGUGUUUGCAGUGCUACAGAGAUUGGUGUGAGAGAUCUCAGUCUUGCCCCUUUUGCCGGAAUAGCCUGAAGAGAAUCUAUUCCGGGGACCUUUGGAUUUACACAGACAUGAAUGAUGUUGUUGAUAUUGGGACAAUUUCCAAAGAGAAUUGCAAGAGGCUGUUUCUUUACAUAGAGAAGUUGCCUUUAAUUGUUCCAGAUCCCAGAUACGUGUUCUAUGAUCCAUUUCUGAGAUGAGUUUCUGAGAUUUUGGAAAACAGUUUGUUCACUUUACUUGUACAUCCAUUUUAGACCAUAAUUUAGUUGUAUAUAUUUAAUUGGCUUUCUUCCAA